UGAGGAGAAAUGUGAAGCGCAUGCGCCCUCUGACGUUCUUUUGCGCUGCGCAUCCGCGCCGCAGCGUUGCUUCGGGAGAAGGAGGCGACUGGAGCAGGUGAGAGAGAGAGAACGAGAGAGGGGAGGAGGGAAGAGUCGUCGGCGAUACUUUUUCUGCACUUCCAGCACGCUGAGACGCACACAUACGGUGCGGGAGGACGACAGACUCGGAGCCUCCGCAGAGCCGCUGUUUGUUCACACGCUGUGCUUCUCUUCCUCCCCCUGGCACCGUGCGCGCUCGCCAAGCCGCACUGUUUGGAGAUAGUCCGCGCGGAAAGUUUUUGGAGCAUACUGUCUGGAGCCGAUUAAUUGUGGCAUCUGUUUUCUUUCUUUUUUUUUUCUUCUUCUUCUUUUUUUGCGAGGCGGGUGACUUACUUUUUUCUUCUUUCUAUUUUUUUUCCUCUUCCAUGUGAGGACUUUUUAACUCCAGCGGAGGAAUUGUCACAGUCGCUUUUGUUUUGUUUUUUGGGGAUUUGUUUUUCUUUUCUUUUUUUUUUGGUUUUCUGCCGAGAAUGGAAGGUAAAUUGACAAGUCGUUUGUGGCGAGGAUCACCGUGUGGAUCUCUCCGCAGGUGAAAAACGAGCGAUGACCUGAGCGUGUUAGCGGCUGGAUUCAGAGCCCAGAACGAGAUUCUCCAUGGUUUUGGUUUGACAUAGAUAGAACCUUUUUUUUUCUUUUUUCUUUUUUUUUUUCCUUUUUUAAACUUGGAUAUGCACUAUAAAAGUAGGCCGCUUUAAAUUAGUAGAGAGUCGACAGAGCACGCCAUACGUUUCCGCCGGUGGCUCUUUGGGGUUUGCCGUAGAUGGUUUUUAUUUUGUUAACAUUUACCGCAAAGUCACGCACUGAUUCGUUGAAGGGAUUGAUCAUUCCCUCACACUGUCUCUGGACAUUUCACACAUCCCGCUGCUUCCUCCGGGCCCUCUGAACUUGUUUGGCGCACGGAGCGCACUCGGUGAUUGUUGUGGCGUCCGCGCUCACCAAAACACCAAACCUGAGGAACUCUCACUUUUGCGCAUUGCUGCUCUCUUCAACCCCCUGCCACCACCUCAACCCCAACCAGCCAAGCAAGCACUUUUUUUUUCCCAACAAGAGAUCCUGGAUAAAACGACCAGACUUGGCAGAAAGGGAAAAUCUCAAAUCCACCUGGCCUGCACUGGGAUUAUUGGUUUGAUAUCGUCUGCAGAAAGUGGAUUACAACUUCUAACGGGCUGUGCUCCCCGAUCAGCGGCAGUAUGAACCUGGGAAUGCGCUGUGUGUGUCGGCCGGUUUGCUGGCCUUUUGGCAGGCUGCUGGACUCCAGACACUGUGUCUUCGCCCUCACACUCCUAACGCUCCUCAUGCAGGUGGUGGUGGAGGCCAACUCAUGGUGGUCUCUGGCCAUGAACCCUUUACUGAUCCCCGAGGCCUACAUCAUCGGUGCCCAGCCUCUGUGCAGCCAGCUGGUGGGCCUGUCGCAGGGCCAGAAGAAGCUGUGCCAGCUCUACCAGGACCACAUGCAGUACAUCGGUGAAGGUGCCAAGACAGGCAUCAGAGAGUGCCAGUACCAGUUCAGACACCGGCGCUGGAACUGCAGCACUGUGGACAACUCCUCCGUUUUCGGACGGGUCAUGCAAAUAGGCAGUCGAGAGACGGCAUUCACGUAUGCCAUCAGCGCGGCGGGGGUGGUGAACGCGGUGAGCCGUGCCUGCAGGGAGGGGGAGCUCUCCAGCUGCGGGUGCAGCCGGGCGGCUCGCCCCAAGGACUUGCCACGAGACUGGCUGUGGGGUGGCUGCGGAGACAACCUCAACUACGGCUACAGGUUCUCCAAGGAGUUCGUGGAUGCGCGCGAGAGGGAGAAGAGCUACCCCAAGGGCUCGUACGAGAGCGCCCGGCUGCAGAUGAAUCUGCACAAUAACGAGGCGGGAAGGAGGACGGUGUCGGACCUUGCCCACGUGUCCUGCAAGUGCCACGGGGUAUCAGGCUCCUGCAGCCUGAAGACCUGCUGGCUGCAGCUGGCCGACUUCCGUAAGGUGGGGGACGCACUCAAGGAAAAGUACGACAGCGCCGCCGCCAUGAAGCUCAACUCGCGCGGGAAGAUGGUGCAGAUGCACAGCAAGUACAACGCUCCCACGAGCCACGAUCUGGUGUACAUCGAGUCCAGUCCAGACUACUGCCUGAAGAACCAGACCACAGGCUCCCUGGGCACAGUGGGGCGCCUUUGCAACAAGACCUCGGAGGGCAUGGACGGGUGCGAGCUGAUGUGCUGUGGCCGCGGUUAUGACCAGUACAAGGCCCAGAUAGUGGAGCGCUGCCACUGCAAGUUCCACUGGUGCUGCUACGUCAAGUGCAAGCGCUGCACCAAAAUCGUAGACCAAUUCGUCUGCAAGUGAGCAGAGGAUUGUCGCCCGUGUGUGUUUGCUUACAGACAACGGGCAUGCAUCUGUAUGUAUUCAUGAGCAGAGGAGCAACAGAGUUGAACAGAGAGAGAAUGGAAGAAACUAUAUAAAUUAUAUUUAUAGAGUUAAAACAAUUAUGCCAUUGCAAAAAGACUGACUCUUUUUAAAAAAAUUAAAAAAAAAUCUUAUGUCUUCAGAAACUGAGAGUAUCGUGAAAUAUUUAUUUUGAGAUUGUUAUGUUUUAUUUUGGCCCCCAGUCAUCACCAGCCCAUUUUUAACCCCUUUGAGUGCCUAAAGCUGGCUGGAAAUCUCACCCACCCAACUCCCGCCCUGUUUUUAAUUACACAAAACACCAUUUAUUUUUUUUUCUUGUCAGAUGAGACACGCUGAUUGCCAAAACCCGGACUGUGCUUUCCAUUUCCUAACAAGAGUAGAGUUUGAUAUUUGUGGCACAGUUGACUAAGAGGUCCUGGUUUUUGUUGUUUUGAGAAUGACUGCGUUGAGAGGAGAGCCGCCUCUGUGCUGUAGAGUGCGGAUGUGUUUUUCACAGGUCCAGUCCCAAAACCAGCCUUCGCAUCCUCACCAAAUUCUACUCGUCCCCUCUCAACAAGUAUAUAGCGUAAGGAAAAAAACACUGUUGGUAUGAGUCCUUGGAGUACAGUGGGUACAAUAAGAGGGCCUUUUUGGGGAUUGGGCCAUUUAUUAAGCUGUCCCAGAAGCCUUAAGAGUUCCCCAGGUGCUGCAACAAGCCCUCCACCAUUAUGCACUUUGAUACAGAGGCUUAAACCUGACUGUACGUGUCUGUUCAGCUGUUUUUUUUUUCUUUCUUUGGUUUGUUUUUUUACUAAUGUGCAUCAGCAAAUAUAUCAAUAUUAUAGCCUACAUUGUUUUCCAUAUUAAUUCAGAUUAUCCAUUUAACAUUAUUCUACAAUACUUAACAUGGUUUGAAUAUAUAUGGGCAAUGUUGUGGUUACAGUGGUGAAAUAUUCCAUGCUCUGUGUAUAUAGUAUGUCUAUCCAACCAAUCAGUAAACUGUAUUUAUUUUCUUUAACCACAUCCUCCUUUUUAAGCUUAAAAACAGAAAACAAAACCCCAUCUCCAUCAUAGAUCAAUAUUGAGACGGUCAUCCCCAAGUUUUGAAGUCACUUUCUCUGGGAAGGGAAAAAAAAAAAAAAAAAAAAAAAAAGAUUUAAUUGUCACUAAUGCGGCUCUUCACUGUUUUUGUAAAGGGAAAAGCACCUUAUUGUUUUAACACACAGAUUCUUUCUUCUCACUCAAGUUCAGCUUCACACACACGUAUAAAUAUAAGUAUACAUAUAUAUGUAUAUCACAGAUGUUCAGAUUUGAUCGUCGCCCACAGAUUUCCAGUACCACUCCAGUGAACUGCUCACUAUCCCUGUGAUGAUUCUCAAUAGACCAACAGUUUUUUUUUUCUUUCCAAUCCAACUAUGUAUAUUUAUAAGCUUCUCCAUGAAUGAAUUUGAGGUUUGUUAAAUGUAAUGUGUUAUAGCUGAUAUUUUGUUACUUUUUACAAAUUGGCUCAAUGCUCUACUUUUUGUUUUCAAUAAAUAUCAAAUGUAAAACCAGCAGAGAAGUAUUUA